UAACUCACAGCCUGUGAGACAUAGUUAAAUGUUGUUUGUGAGUACAUAAUUACAUGGCGUAUUUAUUAUCCGGACCACAUUAAUACAAAUCGUCGUAUACAUUAAAACUUAGUUAAUCAUGUAACGGAUACAUGAAUAGUAAUUGAGUUUACUUCAAAAUUCCGUGGGGUAAAAUUUCCGUCUGGCUGAAAAUGUUGAAUAAAAACGUUACUUUUUGUUUACAACGCUCGUCAAUUGGUACCAAAAAUAACUGACGUCCUAGGCGGAAUACAGUUGUAAAUGGGUGUGUAAUUAGCUAAUACACAAUGCAAUGCCAUCGGGGCAAUUAAUGAUUAUACAAGUUUUAACCAACUUAUUCCUUUGUCUCUAUCACAAUGGAGUAACAUAAUAUGCACUACUUUAUGAUAUUGAGAGGAAUGUAUAAAAUAAAUACCUAUCGGAAAUCUCCUUAUCCAUUCAACCAGUUUAGUUUAGUUUUAUAAAGCAUCUUUGAAAACUAUCAAGCAGUACGCAUGACCUGCAUGAGAAGAUUUGCAUAACAUGCUGCUGAGGGAAAAAUAGCAACGCUCAAUUACAAUGAUAAUUCGUUUAGUGGUUUGUACAUUCAUGGUCGGAAGCCUGACAAACUCACUAAAGACCAUUUGUGCAGAAGGACUAAAUUGUGAGGACCAAAUCGAAUCACCAAAUCGACCUGGAUGUAAAGAUUAUGCAAUUCCACUCCAGAGAAGACACAACGUUAGAAAACGAGAGAUGGUCAUCUCCCCACCAACGAAGAGUGCAUUCGUCUGGAGACCAAUUGAACCGCUGGUUGAUCCUGAAACUAAGAAAAACUGGAGAAAGACAAAGAACGCAACCCAUGCUGACAAAAACAAUGUGUCUUUGGCAAAUGAGUCCGAUUUAUCCGGUACAGAGCAAAAUCUACCCAAUGCCCAAAAAGUGUAUCCCGCACCAUCUAAAAGUAAUACUUCUGUGCCUAUAAAUCUGCAGACCACAGAAACAGGUACUACAGACAUAGCUGAAGUACAAAUGUCAACCAGCGGUUCAGAUGUUGCUAAUCCCAGAAAGGAACAGGAAAAAAUCGUUCCUACUUUCCAUAAGGGGUCAGACAACAGUCUUCCAUUUGUGCAUGGAAGUGCGACCAUUCCAGCGGACCGAGUCAGCACCAAGCAGAUCGAGUCAAAUACAUUAUCAGCGUCUCGAACAAUUAAAGGCGACAUGGGGGAGCAUAAAAAUUCAAUAACUGGAUUAGAAAGCACGUUUGGGAGAUCUGCGAUGUACAAGGGUAGUUCACAAUCAAUGGUGAAGCCUUCAUCCACACUUGAUACCAAGGCCAGCCAGAAAAUAGCAGCAGAUUCCACAGCAAAUGCUAAAUCUAAAACUGGAAAUGCAAUUGCGAGGGCACAGAAUAAAAUUGGAGGGUCAGCCAUCGCCACAGCACAGUCAAAUCAAGGAGGUUUUGCUAAGGCAUCGGCGAAAAUACAAGGAGCCAGAAAUCAAUCUCAAGAUAAAGAAAAGGUCGCAGUGGCCACCGCUAUAGCUGGAAAAGGAGGUCGGACACAGGCAGAAGCUGGAUCGGAUGAUGUCAAUGUGGUCACAGACGUCAGCUCCUCUGUCGAAGAUCCGGAUUCUCUGAAGAACAUAGAUGACGAGCUUGGGAAGAAUACGUAAAACUAUUUAUGCAGAAUAUCUUAAUUUUGAAAUUGAACAAAUAAAAUAAUUUCCUGUGCUUAAAGUUUAA